GGUGCAGCGGCGCGGCGGCCUCCGCCUCCGCCGCCCGGGACGAGGGGGUGGGGGACGGACAAGCCCUGAUGCCGGGGGAGACGGAAGAGCCGAGCCCCCCGGAGCAGCAGGACCAAGAAGGGGGAGAGGCGGCCGAGGCGCGUCCGGAGGAGCCCCAGCAACCGCCCUCAGAGGCGGCUUCCGCGGGGACCACGAGCAGCCGCGUGCUGAGGGGCGGCCGGGAUCGGGGCCGGGCCGCCGCCGCCGCUGUGUCCCGCCGGAGGAAGGCCGAGUACCCGCGCCGGCGGAGGAGCAGCCCCAGCGCCAGGCCCGCCGACGGCCACGGGCAGCAGCCUGCGGCCACGAAGCCGCCGUCGCCAGCUCAGGGAAAGAGGAGUCCGCGACUCGUAUGUGUAGAAAAAAUAACAACUGAUAAAGAUCCCAAGGAGGAGAGAGAGGAGGAAGACAGCUCUGCCCUCGCUCAGGAAGUUUCUGGUGUUGCAACCAGACCCGGCCGCGGCUGGCGCAGUAGCAGCAGGACAUCGGGCUCCCGUGUUCGAGACACAGAGAAUACCCGCAGUUCUCGAUCCAAGACUGGUUCAUUGCAGCUCAUCUGCAAGUCAGAACCAAUCACAGAUCAGCUCGAUUAUGAAGUUGCAGAUGAACAUCAGUCUCAGUCUCCCGGUGGCAUUAGUGAUGAGGAGGAGGAAGAGGAAGAAGAAGAGAUGCUAAUUAGUGAAGAGGAAAUACCUUUCAAAGACGACCCCAGAGAUGAGACCUACAAACCACACUUAGAAAGGGAAACUCCAAAGCCACGGAGAAAAUCGGGAAAGGUGAAGGAAGAGAAAGAAAAGAAAGAAAUUAAAGUGGAAGUAGAAGUGGAGGUGAAAGAAGAGGAGAAUGAAAUUAGAGAAGAUGAGGAACCUCCUAGGAAGAGAGGACGAAGGCGAAAAGAUGAUAAAAGUCCUCGGUUACCCAAAAGGAGGAAAAAGCCUCCAAUCCAAUACGUGCGUUGUGAGAUGGAAGGUUGUGGAACCGUCCUUGCUCAUCCUCGCUAUUUACAGCACCACAUUAAAUACCAGCAUUUGCUGAAGAAGAAAUAUGUUUGUCCACAUCCUUCCUGUGGACGACUCUUCCGGCUCCAGAAGCAGCUUCUGCGGCAUGCCAAACACCAUACAGAUCAAAGGGAUUACAUCUGUGAAUAUUGUGCCCGGGCCUUCAAGAGUUCCCAUAACCUGGCUGUGCACCGGAUGAUUCACACCGGCGAGAAACCAUUACAAUGUGAGAUCUGUGGAUUUACUUGUCGACAGAAGGCAUCCCUCAAUUGGCACAUGAAGAAGCAUGAUGCAGACUCCUUCUACCAGUUUUCUUGCAAUAUCUGUGGCAAAAAAUUUGAAAAGAAGGACAGUGUAGUGGCACACAAAGCAAAAAGCCACCCUGAGGUGCUGAUCGCAGAAGCUCUGGCCGCCAAUGCAGGUGCCCUCAUCACCAGCACAGAUAUCUUGGGCCCUAACCCAGAGUCUCUGGCACAGCCUGCAGACGCUCAGGGUCUUCCUCUUCUUUCUGAGCCCCUGGGGAACUCGGCCUCCGGAGAGUGCCUACUGCUCGAAGCGGAGGGGAUGUCUAAAUCCUACUGCGGCGGGGCCGAGCGGGUGAGCCUCAUGGCUGACGGGAAGCUCUUUGUGGGAAGCGGCGGCAGCAGUGGGGGCCCGGAAGGGCUGGUCAUGAACUCGGAUAUACUCGGUGCUACCACAGAGGUUCUGAUCGAAGACUCAGACUCUGCCGGACCUUAGUGGAAAGGAGAACUCUGGGCACUGGGACAGUUCGGACUUUGUAUUUAAAAGAUAAAAAGGAGAAAAAAAAUUUAAAGCAUUUAAAAUCUAGUAAAAUAACUGAAGAGCCUGCUCUUUCCAUUGUGGAUCACAGCACACACACACCCCAGCCCCAGCCCCAGCCCCAGAACUACUCCUUUUCCCCUAUCAAAUUGAUGUCACCUUUUCCAGAAAGGUAGACAGCAAAAGCAGCAGCAGUUCUGAAAGUGAGAGUUUUCCUCACGCUCGGUUCCAGCCAGCAGCAGAUUUCCUGCUCAUCGCAGAUCCCCGUUUCCUACUCGUAAUUCUUAAUACACCCUGGGUCAGCAUUUAACUCCUGUAGUAUAUUACUCACUUCCAAAUUCUUUGUCCUUCUCCUGCUGCCCUAUGGUUCUGGCUUCUACCCACUGCAGCACACUUAAAGUAAUACGGAAUUCUAAUCUCUGGAGGCUGGCAGCUUGACUUGGCACUUUAAGGCCCCUUCAUAGCAUGUGCUGUUAAAACAGCACACUACUGUCACCCCUCUUCUGGUGGCCUCUGGGUUUUGGAAAGGUUACAAGUGGACCACCCUCCUGCUCUUUGGUCCCAGCACCUCAGUCCCCUCCCAGACCUCCACAUGGUCGUACUGUUGUUGGCUGGCUGGGAAGCAAGCUCCCAGAAGGGAGGAGGCUGCCUAUUUUCGGUCUGUGGCUGUAACACAGGGCUCUGUCCUUGAGACAGAAAAGUCCCAGGCCAAUGGCAGAAAUUUGCACUUUGAACAUGUGUGUUUUUGUGUUGUGGAACCUGAGAUUCCUUAUUUAUUAACGAAAAGUCUGAUUUUUGCGGGGGUGGGGUCCUCAUUGCUGUGUUUUGUGGGGCUGGGAGAAAGUAGAUGGACAGAUGUAGGAUCCUUACUGCAAGAGGUCCUUUGAAGGCAAGGCAUAGAGUUGAAGCACAGCCAGCCUCUAAACUCAGCUCUCCCGUGGCCUUUAAAGAAAGCUGCUCUGCGGCACUUAACAGAAUCACUACAGCAGCCUCGUGCUUGUUGGGAAGGAAGCCUUCUUGGUGGGGGCGGGGGUUUGUGGUGACUUGUGUGCUCCUUAGAUUUUGAGAGCACUGAGAUGGAGUUUGAAGGGGAUGAGGAAGGUGGUUCAUGGUCUGAAUUACAGUUGAUUUUUUUCGUGAAUUGUUUUUCUCCUCACCAUUUCCUUACCUCUGCCUGUCUCCUGCCCCUUGUUUGUCUUAGUGUUCUGCUUUGUUUUCUGUUGAUUCACUGUGACUCUGUUAGUGAAGAAACAGUGGCCAGAAGUCCUAAAGUCAGGAAAACCAGUUUCCCUUCUAGUAACACCUCAGAAAAGGGCACGCUAGACAGAGUUAACAAUCUGUAAUAGCUUUGGCUUCUACCAGCAGUCCAGGGAAUUACCACUUCUUUGGGAGGGGUUUUCUCGGAGUGUGGAUUGCUUGUAUAAUUCCACGGAAGACACAGGUAAUGCUGUGUACAAAUCCCUGGCUCCCAGAAGGCACACAGCCCAUCCAUUGGCUGAUGGUGGAGAGGUGGAAGGGUAGCACCUGUGCUGUAUACCUCAGAAGCAAGAGCCUUACCCCGGGUAUUGUCUGUGUCAGAAGUGUGUGGGGCUGCCGGUGAGAAUAAAACAACAGCUAGUUUUUCAUAAACACUAAAACUAGUAAAAGUCUGUCCAUUGCUUUUUGAUUUAUUUUUUCUCAAAAAGAUGGGUGAGCAAAUAUCAGGGAAACCCCUACAAGGGACAGUCUGAAAUGCCCAGUUGGCUCUCUGUAGUUUCCAUCGUGAGGGUAGACAGUGGAGCAGGGGUGGAGGGGUGUGGGGUGUGCUUUCCUGUCCGCAGGAAAGGCUCCAGGUAACCAGUGUGGAAACCAGUGUGGAGCCAGUAACCUGUGGGUGGGUCUGCAGGCUGUCCCAUUUUGAGCUGCCUCACUGCCUGGCAUCGAUACUGUGCUUACCUUUGCCUUUGUUACACUCAGACUUAAUCUCUCAAUUUCAUGUCAUUAGAUAUUUUAGCGAUGUAUUUUAAAAGCAAACAGCAUUAAAAAAUAAGAACUUUCUUUCUGGGAGAGGGGACAAUACAUGUUCCCUGCCUGUAUCACACUCCCCUCCCUGUGGAAAGCACUUGGUUACCUCUAGUAGUUAGAAACUUCUCAUCUUUCCUUUUUAUUUUUUUACCUUUUCACAGCUGCCAUUUGCAGAUAAUACAUUAUUUUAGAUGUUUGCAGUAAAUUCCUCAUGGACUUCCUAUUUUUCUUUUUGAGAAAGGGGUCCUAGCAUAGCCAGCAGUCAGUGUGCUUAGACUAAGCCCCUCAGCUUUCUGCCCCCAUGCUGUAGUUGCAUUGUCCUUCCCGCGAACUCUUCUCAUCUUGAAAGUCCAUUUCCUCCCCUUAGUCCGAGUUUGUCACUGUGUUAGUGACUUCUCUCAGUCUCAUUUUGAGUCGGACAUUGGAAGCCUCACCGGGGUGGCUGGGGUACAGCUGUUGAGCAUUUCUUGCUGUCCCUGUCCCUGGUCCCUGGUGGCCCAGGGUUGUUUCAGGGAGCUUGGGCAGAUGCUGGCUAGAGUGCAGAGAGGACGGUGGAGACAGCAGCUUCUGUACCGAGCAUAGAGCACUUGAGCCUCCUUCAUACCUGUCCAGAGGAAAAACCUUAUAAAAAUACACUACAAACCUGAAUAAGGUUAUUAGGGCCUCACUGUUCAAGCACCAUUUUUCCCUUCUGUCUUUUCCCACUUGCCAGUGUACUCAAGCAAAUGAAAAAGUUGUAAUGGAUCAAUUUAAAAUAUUUUAUUUCCUAAAAGCCUUUUUGGCCUAUUGUAAUGUGUGGGAACCCUCUCCUUUGAUGGGAGAGAUGGGUAAUUACCUGAACGUAGGUUGAAAAGGUUAUGUAAAAAGAAAUUAUAAUAAAAGGGAUACUUUGCUUUUCA